CUUUCCUGGUUCUUCCAUGGUGCAGCGGUGACUGGGCUUGGGGUUGCUGGGAAGGGUCAGGAGGACACAGCAGAACUCUGGCUUCCCCAGAGGCAAAGGCAGCCACAGUGACAUCUGCUCAAGUGAAAGUGAAAGAGAUCCAGAGGCGACGAAGAAACCCACGGCCAAGGAGGGGUGUUCAAAGAGCUCUCCGAGCAGGCGUGGCAGCUGCUCGCGGGCAGCAGGCAAGGCGAGGAACCCCAUGGGUAUGGCGUGGGGCUGGUGGCUGCUGCUGCUGCUGCUGCUGUGUGUGGCUCUGUCCGGAGCAGCAGGAGCCGAGCCCCAGGCAGCAGAGCAGCUGUGGCGGCCAGUGGACAUGAUCUUAGACUGCUUCCUGGUCACAGAGGCCGGGCACCAUGGGGCUUUUGCCAGCGACAUGACCAGGGAAAAGGCCGUGCUGGUGCUGAAGCAGGUGCCGGUGCUGGACGAUGGCUCCCUGGAAGGCUUCACUGACUUCCAAGUGGACAUGGUGGCCAAGGGUGACCAGCCUGCCAUCUUCGAGGCCUCAGUGGACCAGGUGCAGAUCCCACAGGCUGCAUCACUGCUCCACGCUGACUGCAGUGGGAAGGUGGUGACCUGUGAGAUCUCCCACUACUACCUCCAGGCCAGAGCAGAGGCCACUGCCAGGCUGGCAGCCUCGUUCAUGGCCACCGUGCAGGUGUCCAGACAGGGACCCAGUGUCUCUAUGGUGAUGAGGACGACUGAGGACGCAGGUGACAGGGCUGCCCGGCAUCCCACGCUGAACCUGCCCCUGAGCCCCCAGGGGACCAUGCAGACCACAGUGGAGUUCCAAGUAACAACACAGACCCAAUCCCUGAACUUCCUGCUGGGCUCCUCAGCCUCCCUGCACUGUGGCUUCUCCAUGGCACCAGGCCUAGAACUCAUCCGUGUGGAGUGGCGGCGGCAGCACAAGGGCAGCGGCCAGCUGGUAUACCACUGGAGGACAGGGCAGGGCCAGGCCAAGCGGGAAGGUGCCACCCUGCUGCCCGAGCAGCUACUCAGGGCUGGGGAUGCCUCCCUUACCCUGCCUGGCCUCGGGGUGAAGGAUGAGGGGACCUACAUUUGCCAGGUCACUACCUCUCGGUACCAGGCUCAGCAAAUCAUCCAGCUCAACAUCCAAGCUCCCCCCAAAGCACGACUGAGCUUGGCAGAAAGCACCCAGCUGCCCACGCUCACCUGUGAGGUCACUGGCUAUUACCCUCUGGACGUGGUGGUGACGUGGAUCCGAGAAGAGGGCAGUGGAGCCCCAGCCCGAGUCUCGGGUGCCACCUUCUCUAGCCUCAGGCAAAGCAUGGCAGGCACCUACAGCACCUCCUCCUCCGUGACCGUGGACCCUGGCCCAACGGGCAAUACUUACACCUGCCAGGUCACCCACAUCUCCCUGGAGAAGCCCCUUGCAGUCAGCACCAGGAUUGUCCAGAGCACAGAGUGGGAAACGGCCACCGGAAUCAUCGCUGCCAGCUGCCUCUUCCUUCUGGCACUGCUGUUCCUGGGGCUUCAGAGAUGGCAAGCUUCUUCAACAAGGCAUAUCAAGGAUCCAAGGCACUCGGAGUAGGCACUGCAACCACAGCGUAGCCUUAUUCUCCACAGUGCUGCAGACCUAGGAAGGCCUUCAGCAGGCCCCAAGCCUGGGCCCCAGCAGGCGACCCUUCCUCCACCGUGUGCCCUGGGUUGCUGGUCAAGGCAGAGAAGGGGAGGUGAGGGGCACCAAGAAGCCAGACAUCUGGGUGGAGGUGGACGCCAGAGGGCCACAUGUGAGGUGAGGUAGAGAACAAAAAGAAAUGAGGAAGGAGUGGGGGACAAUGGGCAGGCUAGAGACAGGGCCCCUCACAAAUGGAGUGCUGUCAAAAUAAAAGCCUGUGUGUCCACUGAGGCAAAGUCUCCCAUCUUCUGGUCUCUCUGUGGUGGUCCCUACCAAGGCCUCUCCCAAGUCACAGCUGUUCCACCUUGGUCCUCAGAGGCACAGCAGGGCUGUCUGCUGGUCCACGCAGCCCUGAGCUGCAAUUAUGUCCUGCGCCUUCAGAGGAAUUGCAGGACACCUACUCCUUCCCGUGGAAGACAAGCAUCUCCCUUCACU